AUGUUAAGGUGUAGAAAACCGGGGUGUUACAAAUGGUCAAGCAAAGAUAGGAAGAGAAAUAACCUUGACAACAUUGCCAAGGAUCUCCUCUUCAGAGCCAUAGAUGAGACUAUCUUCCCCAGAGUGAGAAAAUGCAAAAUGGCCAAAGAGGUAUGGAAUACCUUAAUGCUGAUAGGUGAAGGAGACGAACAAGAAAAGGAGAACAAGCUCACCGUGGCCAUGAAGAAGUUUGAAGAUUUCAAGAUGAGGCCAGGGGAAAGCAUCGACAGCAUAGAGUCUCGGUUCACGAAGCUUACAACCGAGAUCAGCGAUCUUGAGAAGGAAAUACCACAGAAAGAGCUAAAUCUGAAGGUUCUACGUGGCCUAACCAAGGAGUGGGAAGUGAAAGAAAUUCAUGAAGAAGAAUCCAGAGAGCAACAUUAG